CUUUCCCCCUUUUGUUAAAUUCGUGAGGCGUAGGCACAUUUGGACCAAAGUUCAGACAGAACGGACGUCGAUAGAAUUACUGCGUCAUCGAAAUCUAAUUUCGUAUAGGUUUUGUCUAGUUUGGUCGGAGAAAGUAUUCACCUACAAACCAUACCAGAAUGUCAGAUCAAGAUGCUCAUGGACGUUCACGAGGCCGGUCACGUAGUUUACGUGGAGAAUCAGAUCCGGACGAAUCCGUUCGAAGACCAAGAGAACAUGGAACAGCCCCAUAUACAACUCAUCCACCUCAUCAUGCGGGGCGAGCCGUAAGCCGUGAACACAUUUCAGAAGAACCCGAAAGUAAACCUUUGCAGCGCUCAGGUUCAGGUGGUCGAGCUGUGCUAAGUCGUGAAGCUCCACAGGAACAAUCUGGGGCUCCACAUGGUAGGGCAUCCUUUCAUGGAGGGGCUGCUCCUCUGGCCGGGGCUUCAAGUGGAGAAGGAACAAAUGUUGGUGGCCGUGGAGCCAGUCGUUUUCGCGAGCAGAGGGAAGCAAUGAUUGUCACUCGACCUUCGGCCGACUUCAGUAAAUUGGGGCGAACUGGCACGGAACUUCCUGUGACUUCAAACUAUUUUGAACUUAUGAAGCGCCCUGAUAUGCAUCUGCUGCAAUAUCGCGUUGACUUCGUUCCUGACGUUGACCAUAUUGGUGCCCGUAAGGCACUAAUCCGCGUACAUGAGGCCCAACUGGGAAAGUAUCUUUUUGAUGGAACUCUGCUUUACAAUAUCACUCGCCUUCCCCAACCGCUGGAGCUCUUAUCUAAACGCAUUUCAGAUAACUCGGAUGUUGCUAUUCAUUUACGAUUAGUCGGAGAAAUUCACAAGGAUGACGCUGCUUAUACAACAGUUAUGAAUAUCAUAUUGAGACGAUGUCUUGGCAUGCUUAAUCUAACUCUUUGGAAACGGGAUUACUAUGAUCCGGCAGCUGCCACAGAAAUUCCACAACAUUUUCUUAAUAUUUGGCCUGGGUAUGUCACUACUAUACGCCACCACGAAGAAGGGUUUUUGUUAGGAGUUGAAAUCAUUCAUCGUGUUUUGCGUCGAGAUUCUGCCUUGGAUGUGAUGCAAAAAAUUCGCCAGGCUGGUGGUGAUUUUCAGGCAAUGUGCUCUGCAGAGCUAGUGGGAAAAGUUGUCAUGACUCACUAUAACAAGAGAACUUACCGAAUCGAUGACAUUGACUUCACGAAAAAUGCCAGUUCAACUUUUCAUCUUCGAAGGGAAGAUCGUGAUAUUACAUACUUGGAAUAUUACAAGACUCGAUACAACAUCGAAGUGAGACAACCCUCACAGCCUUUGUUGGUGUCUCGCCCCACUCGUCGUGACGCCAAUCGAGGCGAUGAUCAACCGAUCUUUCUUCUUCCUGAGCUCUGUGGAAUGACUGGCCUAACAGAUGACCAAAAAAAAAACUUUACCCUCAUGAAAGAUGUUGGCAACAUCACACGCGUAAUGCCAGACAAGCGUGUUGAGAGCCUAAUGAGGUUUCGCAAACGAUUGGCGGACAACCCGGAAAUUCAAAGAGAACUCAAUAGCUGGGGAUUAAAUUUUGCUGGCGACAUAGUUCGGAUAAACGCGCGUGUAAUUCCUCCACAAACGAUUCAACAGGGCGGUAAUAGUUUUACAACCCAGGAUGGAGACUGGAGUCGAAAUAUUCAACGGUCCAAAAUGUGUGUAACGGUGGAACUCCGUGAUUGGGCUUUGUUCACCCCAUCUUCCAUGACGCAAGAAGUAAAACCUUUCAUCCAAAUGGUCCAAAAUGUUGGACGUGGACAAGGAUUUGAUAUUCCAGAUCCUGUUGUUUCCCAGAUGCAAAUGGAUCGUACGUCAAAUUACGUUGAUGCGAUUCGUAAUGAAUGUCGCCAAAAAGGAUUCAGUCUGAUAUUUUGUGUACUACGAAGCGCUCGUGCUGACACGUAUUCUUCAAUUAAGAAGCUGACAUGUGCAGAAUUUGGUAUUCCUUCACAGGUAAUUACCGGGCGGAACAUAAAGGGACAACCAGGCAAACUCAUGUCGAUUGCUACAAAAGUCAUGAUCCAAAUUGCAUCCAAAUUAGGAGCAGAGCCUUGGAGAGUCUCGGUUCCUAACACUAAAUGGAUGGUAAUCGGUUAUGACACGUACCAUGAUGCUCGUCAGAGAAAAGCUGUAGGGGCAUUUGUUGCCUCCACUAACCCAACGUUUUCCAAAUACUAUUCUUCUGUCAAAAUCCACGAAAACAAUGAAGAGAUUUCUCCAAGUUUCAAAGACCAUCUAUUCGGAGCAUUGAAAGCUUAUUUUAUUGUAAACGAUAAGACUUUGCCGACAUCCAUCAUUGUUUACCGUGAUGGUGUAGGAGCUGGCGAUAUUCCACGCCUGAAAGAUACAGAAAUCGCCGCGUUGAAGGAAGCUUGCCGUGAAGCUGGCAUAAGGACUGCGGGACUUCGUGGAACAACAGAGUACACUCCUUCCAUUGCUUUCAUCGUUGUCAGCAAGCGCAUCAACACUCGUUUUUUUCAAAUGAGUGGUCGUAGCCCGAUGAAUCCUGUUUGUGGCACGGUUGUGGACAGUAAAGUGACGCUACAAGAGAGAUACGAUUUUUUUCUUGUUUCACAAAAAGUCACUCAAGGGACUGUCUCACCUACAAGUUACAAUAUCAUAGAAGAUGAUACUGGUAUCAGUCCUGACAUCCACCAGAGGUUGGCGUACGCCCUAACGCAUCUCUACUACAAUUGGCCGGGUACUUUGCGUAUCCCAGCUCCGAUCCAGUAUGCUCAUAAACUGGCAUACCUAGUUGGUGAAUCCAUUAUGCAGCAACCGCACGACAAUUUAUCGAGACUUCCUUACUAUCUUUAACUUGCAGGCGUGAGUUCUUAUUUUGUCGCAUACGUGGAAUUUUAUUAAGUGACACUAUUUCGUAUAACUAACAGACGAGUCAAGUAAGAUUUGACAACCCUAUGUCUUUUUUUUUUCACUGAUUACUUCCCUUUACUCGAGUAAGGGAGUUUCUUCACAUUUGUUUUCCUUUAAUCAUUAAUCAAGCGAGUGGAAAUACAUCUUGGUUUAGCUGUA